AUGCCCCUCGACGAAUGUGUGAAAUUGAUUGAAAAAAUAUCCUCAAUGUCAGGGAAGGUUUCUCGCUUUCCCAGUGCAAAACGUUGCUUCUCGCAGAUUAUGCCUGCCGAGUCUUCCAAAGGUACGGUUUAUGCAAGACAUCAGUCAAAACACCCAUCAGGGAUCCUUAAAACCCCAGCAAGCGCCACUCAAACACUAGCAUGUGAAGUGCGGGAUGAAUUCGUUAAUCGUAGUCCUAAGGUGCACAGAAAUUUGCACGUUAUUGAACCGAUCAAAAAAGAUAUUUUGAUGCGAUUUUUGUGUAUAAGGGACGUUGAUGUGGAUAUCAGUGUUACCCUCACUCCAAAUACGUAUUCAUCUGAUGGAAUCUGA